CAUUUGCUAGUGCAUUGUUGUUUGGAAAUGGAACAGCCUGUGUUUCCAACCAAUUGCCAUAGUAGCCAAUGGGGGACAGUUUGGUGCCACCCUAGAGGUAAGUACUAAAUAUUACAGGAGUCAAAGCACCUAAUAUCACUACGUGUGCCAUUGGCCAUUGGCAUUUUUUGGAAGUGGCAGCUGGGAGUUACUUUCUUAUUAUCCUUCUAUACAUGUCCAGCUAUAUGUGUAGGUCAGUCUCCAAUGCAAUAAUAUCUGUGAGGUGGAAUGUCAUAUCUGCCAAUCACUGUUCCUUUCUAUGGAGGAUACUAUCUUGCCAAUGGGAUAAGUGUGGGAAACCUCCCAUUAAUAUUAUGGAGAUUUAAUUAAUACUAGCCCAAUACUGGCCCUAUGAUGUUCCUAUACUGGCCCUAUGAUGUUCCCAUACUAGCCCAAUACUGGCCCUAUGAUGUUCCUAUACUGGCCCUAUAAUGUUCCUAUACUAUCCUAAUACUGGCCCUAUGAUGUUCCUAUACUAGCCCAAUAGUGGCCCUAUGAUGUUCCUAUAGUGGCCCUAUGAUGUUCCCAUACUAGCCAAAUAGUGGCCUUAUGAUGUUCCCAUACUAGCCCAAUAGUGGCCCUAUGAUGUUCCUGUACUAGCCCAAUAGUGGCCCUAUGAUGUUCCCAUACUAGCCCAAUAGUGGCCCUAUGAUGUUCCUAUACUAGCCCAAUAGUAGCCCUAUGAUGUUCCCAUAUUAGCCCAAUAGUGGCCCUAUGAUAUUCCCAUACUAGCCCAAUAGUGGCCCUAUGAUGUUCCUGUACUAGCCCAAUAGUGGCCCUAUGAUGUUCCCAUACUAGCCCAAUACUGGCCCUAUGAUGUUCCCAUACUAGCCCAAUAGUGGCCCUAUGAUGUUCCUGUACUAGCCCAAUAGUGGCCCUAUGAUGUUCCCAUACUAGCCCAAUACUGGCCCUAUGAUGUUCCCAUACUAGCCCAAUACUGGCCCUAUGAUGUUCCAAUACUGGCCCUAUGAUGUUCCCAUACUAGCCCUAUUCUGUUCCUAUAAGGAAUUUCCCAUAUAGACCUUCCAUUCUGUGAUUUCUCUGUUCUUACGAUUCUUUGCUUUAUUCCCCCAUGUAUCUGCCCUUGUGCCAUAAGAAGUCCCAGAGCGAUGGACACCAAUGUGACGGUGACCCUGAUUUGGCCGCAGACCAACCGAGGCUCCAUAGCCAUCGUGAUCCUCACCCUCGUUUGCUUCUGCUGUUUCCUCUAUUCCAUCAUCGUCAUUCUCCACAUCAUCCUGGCGACCCCCCACCUCAGGGACAACACUCGCUACCUGCUAUUUGCCCACAUGUUGGUCAAUGACACAAUUUACCUGGUUACAGGACUCCUUCUGUUCCUGGGCGCCUGGUACCUGAUAUACCUCCCCGUGCCAUUCUGUUACUUUACAUACACCGUAGCCACAUCCACAUACAGGGUGACCCCGUACAACCUGGCGGUCAUGUCUCUAGAGCGCUAUGUGGCCAUUUCCUUUCCCCUCAGACACGCAGAGUUUUGCACUGUAAGGAACGCGACGGUCGCCAUUGUGGUGAUCUGGACAGUGGCGCUGAUCCCCAAUCUCGCCGAUUUCAUCACCAUCAGCUCGGCCUUUGGGAAGCUCCGCCCCAUGGUGUGCAGUCAGGGGGCUCUGUCAGUGACACCAGAACAGAACACUAUCAGAACUCUCACCUUCACCAUCAGCUUCUCCCUGGUUGCCCUCAUCAUCCUAUUCACCUACGUCAAGGUUUUACUGGUGGCCAAAAGCAUCGGCUCGGGAAAGUCAUCCGCCAUUAAGGCCAGCAAAACCGUCAUGCUCCAUGCCUUCCAGCUCCUCCUCUGCAUGACCUCCUUGCUCUCCUCCAUUACAGAGAGAUACCCAUUUAAUUACAUUUCUCUCUUGACCGUCUCCACCUUCCUUCUGUUCACCUGCCUGCCCAGGUUCCUCAGCCCUUUGAUUUAUGGCUUAAGAGAUGAAGUGAUUCGCAAACAUUUUAUAAGAAUUCAUUCUGUAAGGAAAUAAAGGUGAAGUAAAUCC